AUGGUUCUGGCCAAGUCCAAAAACAGCGUGGGGCUGGGUAACAGCCUCAUGAACGACCGGUUUGGAAAGGGCAAAGCCUCCCAGCAGAAGAAGGCUUCGCACAACAACGCCAUUGCGCGCAAAGGCGUGGAUGGAGAGACCUACAUCACCAAUGCCCACCAAGAAGCGGCAUGGGUGAAGAUGCGCAGUAUUACCGAGCAGGGUGCCCUCGACGAGUUUUUGAGUACUGCCGAGCUGGCCGGCACUGAUUUCACCGCGGAAAAAAUCAACAACGUCAAGAUCAUUCACACCGACCAGAAAAACCCAUACCUCCUCUCCGCCUCCGAGGAGAAGUCGACCAUGAAGAAGCACCAGAAGAACAAGGCCCGGUUGACGGUUCCCCGCCGGCCUAAGUGGGAUAAGUCGACCACCCCGCAGCAGCUGGAUAAGAUGGAGAGAGAGAGCCUGUUAGACUGGCGGCGAGGACUGGCGGAGUUGCAGGAAAACAAUGAUCUUCUCAUGACACCGUUCGAGCGUAACCUGGAGGUCUGGCGCCAGCUGUGGCGUGUUAUCGAGCGGUCGGAUCUCGUGGUGCAGAUUGUCGAUGCGCGCAACCCGCUACAGUUCCGCUCGGAGGAUCUGGAGAACUACGUGAAGGAGAUUGAUUCGCGGAAGAAGAACCUGUUGCUGAUCAACAAGGCGGAUAUGUUGACCCUUAAGCAACGGGAGGCCUGGGCCGCCUACUUCGAGAAGAAUGGUAUCAACUUCCGGUUCUUCUCUGCCCACCUCGCCAAGGAGAAGAACGAAGCUCAAUUGUUGGAGGAGUCUCAGUCCCGCGGCGACGAUGAUGCAGGUCUCGCCAAGUCGGCUCAAAAAAUGAGCGUUCACGACGACGAAGAAGAAGAAGGUGAAAGUGAAAACGAGUCAUCUGAUGACAAUGAAACCAUUGCCAAGCUUGCGGACCCUGAUCAGUCACUCGGACCGCAUAUCUUGAACGUCGAUGAAUUGGAAGAGCUCUUCCUGGCCAACUCGCCCGACACACUCCCGCAGAACAACCAGCCUGGCGAGCGGCCAAAGCAGAAAACCACUAUUGGUCUGGUCGGUUACCCCAACGUGGGUAAAUCCAGCACAAUCAACGCUCUCCUGGGUGCGAAGAAGGUGUCCGUCUCGGCGACUCCCGGAAAGACCAAGCACUUCCAGACUAUGUACCUCUCCCCGGAGAUUCUGCUAUGCGAUUGCCCUGGUCUAGUGUUUCCCAACUUCGCUACCACCAAGGCCGAGUUGGUCGUUAACGGUGUUCUCCCGAUUGACCAGCAGCGCGAGUUCACCGGCCCCACCGGCCUGGUCGCACAGCGGAUCCCCAAGCACUUCUUGGAAAAUGUGUACGGUGUGAAGAUCAACACUCGACCGCUCGAGGAGGGCGGCACCGGAAACCCCACCGCGAGCGAAGUCCUGCGGGCCUACGCUCGUGCCCGUGGCUUUUCCACCCAGGGCCAGGGCCAGCCCGAUGAGUCGCGUGCCGCACGGUACGUCCUGAAAGACUACGUGAACGGCAAGCUUCUGUACUGCAGCCCGCCACCCGUCCCCGAAGGCGAGGAGCCAAUCGACCCAUUCGAAUUCAACCAAGAACUGUACGACGUCUCCCACCUUCCCGCGAAGCGCCAGGCCAUUCUCGCAAAAACCACGGCUGAGGAUGACCUGGACUCCGACAUCGCCUCCUUCGUUUCGUCCAAGAACACCGGCGCCCAGCCCGAGGGCCAGCGCUCGCGCAACAUCGACACCGGCUUCUUUGGGUCCGAGACCGGUCCCUCGGCCGGCCGUCUCACCCUGCCUUUCCAGGCCCAAUACACGGCGCAAGGCCAGGAAAUGCGCAAGCAACUGACCGGCCGGAAGGAGCGCAUGAUGGUUGCCCUGGAGCGCGGCGUCGACGUCUCGGAGGUGCGUGGGGCCGGCUCCAAGAAGCAUUUUAAGGGGAACAAGCGCCGAGCCAAGGCCCAGCGCAAGAAGGGCGAAGAUGAUGACUACUAG